GAGGGAGAGUGAAAAUAGAAUCGCAGUCGUGGGUGGAGUAUCUGGAUAUGGCGGAGGAAGAAGAAGUUCAGAUUCAAGAAAACGCGGAGUCAUCCCGACCCGAAUUCCCGACGGGUCGGGUGAAGAAAAUAAUGAGACUAGACAAGGAUGUGAAUAGGGUGAGCGGAGAAGCGCUGUUCCUGGUGUCGCGCUCCACCGAGUUGUUUCUCCACUUCCUGGCUGAGAAAUCGGCGCGCGUGGCCAUCGAGAAGAAGCGCAAAACGGUUACCAUUGACCACCUUCGGGUCGCAGUCAAGAGGCACCAACCUAGCAGCGAUUUCCUCCUCGACUCGCUCCCUCUGCCUUCUCAGCCCAAAAAUCUCCCUCCUUCCACCGCCGCCGACCGGAGAAAAGCUGAUAAGCCCGCACCUGCCGGCACUCGUCGCAUCGAUCAGUUCUUCCGGAAGCCUGAAGUCCAAGUUGCUCCCGUGGCAGAUCCUGAAGCCGAAGCUCCUGCGGAAGCUGAUGCUGAAGCUAAAGAUGCUCCCGAAGCUGAUUCUGAAGCCCAAGCUGCUCCUGUGGAAGAUCCUGAAGCGGAGCCUUCUGCGGAAGCUGAUGCUGAAGCUAAAACUGCUCCCGAAGCUGAUUCUGAGGCCCAAGCUACUGGAGCUGAAGCUGACGCCGGAGCUGAAGUUGCUGCCGAAGCUGAAGCGGCAGUUCACGUAGAUGAGUGUUAGGUUGAGUUUGUUUAUAGUUAUACUAUUUGGAAAAAAGGAAAAAAUUUAAAAAUGAGGAACGAAAAGAAAAGAGAUUAAUUAAAGAUUGCAGCCAGGUCUUUGAUUUCUCUGCAAUUUAGGUUUUUUGUACAUCGAUAGCGACAUGUGAUUCUAAUUUUCAAGCUGAUUAAGGGUAAUUCCUUUCUUUCUGUAUUGCCUAUAUCUUUAUCCAUGUAGGGCUUACUUGAUUUUCUUCUUUUUGA